GCGGGAGCGGGGGCGCGAGCAGCGUUUCCGUUGGUGUUUGGCUGUUGCUGCAGCGGAUUUCGACUCGCGCCGUUAUAAAGGCUUCAGUUAGCGAUCAGCUUCUUGUUUAAUAAUUAUUUCGUUCGACUCGGAGGAAGCCCAUUGAAUUUUGAUAUUACAAAUGGAGGAAUUACGGAUGAGAUGCUCAAAUCAAACAUCAUGUCAAGAUCUGACAGUAAUUUUACUUAUCAGGACAUUAAUAUAAUUGACCUUGGAAUAUAGAAGGAAACAGUCAGUGUGACCUGUAAAGGUCAAUGAGAGAGCGCUGCAGUGCACUGCUGAAAGAAGUUUACCCAAUUACACAGCUGAAAGAGCAUCACACCAUUCAUGGUGGGGAAGAAACUGUAUGCAUGUUCUGUGUUUGUUUGUUAAAUAAUUCACAAACAAAUCAUUGAUGAUUCAUCAACUCAUUAUUACAGAAGACAGGAAACGUACAUUUAUGUGUACUCGCGUUGGGAACAGGUUUAGUCAGCUGACUGAUCUCUUGGCAGAACAGAGUGUGCAUGCAGGGGAGAGACUGUUCAUAUGCUCCAUGUGUGGGAAGAAUUUCUCUCGUUCAUCAAAUUUGCAGGCCCAUCAGCGAGUUCACAGUGGGGAGAGGCCCUUCUGCUGCUGCACGUGUGGCAGGAGAUUCUCUCGUUCAUCAAAUCUGCUGGCACACCAGCGAGUUCACACUGGGGAGAGACCCUUCCGCUGCUCCACCUGUGGGGAAGAAUUCACUCGGUCGUCUAGUUUGCAGACACACCAGCGAGUUCACACUGGGGAGAGGCCAUUCAGUUGCUCCACUUGUGGGAAGGAGUUCACACGCUCAUCCCAUCUGUUGAGACACCAGCGCAUUCACACAGGGGAGAUGCCUUUCACCUGCUCUGUGUGUGGGAAGGGAUUCACUCAAUCUUCCAAUUUGUUGACACACCAGCUUGUUCACUCUGGGGAACGGCCAUUCAUAUGCUCACUGUGUGGGAAGGGAUUCACUCGGUCGUCUCACCUACUGACGCACCAUCGUAUUCAUGAAGGCGAAAGACCAUUUACCUGUUCUGUGUGUGGGAAGGCAUUUAUCCAGUCCUCCAGUCUGCUGACACACCAGCGAGUCCACUCUGGGGAGAGGCCAUUUGUUUGUUGUGUCUGUGGGAAGGGAUUCACUCGGUCAUCCAAUCUGCUGUCACAUCAGAGUGUUCAUACUGGAGAGAAACCAUUCACCUGCUCUGUAUGUGGAAAUAGAUUCACUCGUUCCUCCAGCCUGUUGGCACACCAGCAUGUUCACACUGGGGAGAAACCAUUCAUCUGUACUAUAUGUGGGAAAAGAUUCACUCGCUCAUCCAACCUGGUUACACACCAACGUGUUCACACUGGAGAGAGACCAUUUACAUGUUCUGUGUGUGGAAAAGGAUUCACUCGUUCAUCUAACCUGCUGACACACCAACGUGUUCACAUUUAAAUUCUGUCGUCUUCUGCUCCACUUCAUCAAAUCUGAGGAAAUAAUUGUCCAAGAACAACAACUCUUCUAAAAGUAUCGAUAAAUUGAAGUAAACGUAUGCUUCAGAUGUGGCAGUAAAACAAAAGACAAAGAACUCUUUUCCUCAUACAGAUAUAGGAUUUUUACAUGGCAUUUAAAAAACAAUUACACCAAGGAAUUUCUGAUUCCUCACACAUGUUGUCUCUGAACGAGCUAUUCAUAAUUCCAUUUAACCAACCUGCUUAUUCGGGGACACUUGUUUUCACCUACAUAUCUUUCAGCAAUCCAAUUCAACCUCAGUUGGGGAGAGCAGGGGUGGUUAACAGAUAUUUGGAGAGAUUUUAGCCUCAUUAAAGACAGAAGGCAGUUUGGUAAAAGAAAAUGUGUCUUAUUUAACUCAAUUCUUUGAAGUAGCAACACAGAAGAUAAACAAAGGGAAUGCAGUGAAUGUGGUUUUUAAAAAUUAUUGAACCAAUUUUUGUGAGAUAUUAUUAGAUCACUGGAGCAGGUGGGAACCCAGGCCUCCUGGUCCAGAGUAGGCACACCACUGCACCACAAGGGGGCCCCAUGAACGUACAGAUUAUAAGAAAACAUUUGAUAAAGGCAUUACAUAUUAGAUUGAUUAACAAAAUUGAGGCUUAUGAAAUAAUAGGAUCAACAUCUAAUUGAAUUAAAAUCAGCUUAAGCAG